AUGCCGAUUGCAAGAAGAAGAUUCCCACCAAGAGAAGGUCUAGAGAUGCCUGCGACAGAGCCGAACCGAACCAGCCGGAGAUAUCAUGCGUCAGGUCUUAGGACCCGGAUGGCUUGCACGUGUUCAGGCCGGCCUGGCUCGGCUCGUUGCUUACGUCACGGUUACAUGGUUCCGAGCAGAGAGAAGUUAAUGAGGAGAGCAAGUGAUGGUAACAGAGAGAUACUUAAGAGAGCCUUGACGCCGCCUAUCCACCGUCAAAUGAGCCAACGGUGGUGGAACUUCCGGCCAACUCCAAGCCGACUCUGUAAUAUGUCUUCUGCUUGA